AUGUCUGGAUCACGCCUUUUCCAGCCCCUGAAGGUGGGCAACAUUGAACUGAAGAACCGCGUUGCCAUGGCUCCGUUGACUCGAUUCCGUGCCAACGAUGAACACGCUAUAAUGCCAAUGGCCGCAGAAUAUUACGGUCAACGAGCAUGUGUGCCAGGAACCCUGCUCAUCACAGAAGCAACCUUCAUCGGAGAGCAAUACGGUGGCUACCCCAAUGUCCCAGGCAUCUACAACCAGCAACAGAUCGACGCAUGGCGAAAAAUUACCGACGAAGUGCACAAGAAGGGCAGCUUCAUCUACCUCCAACUCUGGGCCCUAGGUCGCGUAGCAAACAAGAAAUUCUGCGAAGCCCAAGGCAUAACCAUCAAAGGCGCCAGCCCCAUUCCCCUUGACGACGAACACGCCAUCCCCCAAGAAAUGACUGAGCAAGACAUCAAAACCAUCGUCGCAGCCUACGCCCAGGGCGCAAAAAAUGCGAUUGCCGCCGGCUUUGACGGCGUCGAAAUCCACGGCGCAAACGGCUACCUCGUCGACCAAUUCCUGCAGGAUGUCACCAACCAGCGCACCGACGCGUACGGCGGCAGCGUCGAGAACCGCUCGCGCUUCGCCGUCGAAGUCACGCAGGCCGUUGUCGAUGCUGUAGGCAAAGAGAGGACGGGCAUCCGCCUCAGCCCCUUCUCCGACUUUCAGGGCAUGCGCAUGGCAGACCCCAUUCCGCAAUUCUCCGACAUCAUCAAGAAGCUGAACACCUUCGGCCUCGCAUACCUGCACCUCGUCGAGUCGCGCAUUUCCGGCAACGCUGAUAUCGAGGGCUUUGCGCCCAUUGAUCCGCUCGUGCCAUUGUUCGAUGGCCCGUUGUUGAUCGCGGGCGGGUUCAAGCCCGAGUCUGCGAAGAAGCUUGUCGACGAGGAGCGCAAGGAUCGAGACAUUGUUGUUGUGUUUGGCAGGUAUUUCAUCAGCACGCCGGAUCUGGUGUUUAGGCUGCAGAAGGGCAUUGAGUUCAAUGAUUACGAUCGUGACACGUUUUAUAUUCCAAAGAGCGAGAAGGGGUAUACUGAUCAGCCGUUUAGCAAGGAGUGGAAGGAGGCGCAGGCGAAUUUGUAGGGUUGUACAAGGUAAUAGACUAUAGAUGGAGACUUGUUUCUGAGCGGCAUAGAUAUUUCUCCUCAAUCCUUACUUGAUACCUACUCUUACAAAAUUGAGCACACCAAAACGUGUCUACGGCGAGGCUUGGACACAGUUCUUGC